AUGACCCGAAUUAACCAGAUAAACGACAUAGAUGUUCACCGAAUUACAUCUGGACAGGUUAUCACCGAUUUAACAACAGCCGUGAAAGAGCUCGUUGAUAAUAGUAUAGAUGCCAAUGCAAGCCAGAUUGAAAUUACAUUCAAGGACUAUGGCCUCGAAUCUAUUGAAUGUUCAGAUAAUGGCGAUGGUAUAGAUCCUUCAAACUAUGAAUUUUUAGCUUUAAAACAUUACACUUCAAAAAUUUCAAAAUUUAAAGACGUUGCUAAAGUGGAGACAUUAGGAUUUAGAGGAGAAGCAUUAUCCUCCUUAUGCGCCAUAGCAAACUUGAGCGUCGUAACAACGAACCUACCACCAAGGGCAGACAGAUUGGAAUACAAUAUGGCUGGCCAUGUCUCAUCAAAGACAACAACGUCAAGAAACAAGGGGACCACAAUACAGGUUUCACACUUAUUUCAUAACCUGCCUGUUAGGCAAAAAGAAUUUGCCAGAACUUUCAAAAGACAGUUCACCAAGUGCCUCACCGUUUUGCAAGGUUAUGCAGUUAUCAAUUCUGGCAUCAAACUCUCCGUUUGGAAUGUAACAUCAAAGGGUAAAAAAAAUCUAAUCCUAUCAACAAUGAGAAAUUCAAGCAUGAAAAAAAACAUCUCUUCUGUCUUUGGUGCAAAUGGUGUGCGAGGACUCGAAGAGGUUGAUUUAGCCCUUGAUUUAAACCCUUUCAAGCAAGGAAUGCUUAGGAAAUACACUGACGAUCCUGAUUUCUUAGAUCUCGACUAUAAGAUACAAGUUAAAGGCUAUAUAUCGCAAAAUUCUUUUGGAUGUGGAAGAAAUUCUAAAGACAGACAAUUCGUUUAUGUYAACAAAAGGCCAGUGGAGUACCAUACCUUUUUGAAAUGUUGCAAUGAAGUUUACAGAACAUUUAAUAACGUUCAAUUUCCAGUUAUUUUUUUGAACUUAGAAUUGCCGACCAACUUGGUUGAUGUGAAUGUCACUCCAGAUAAAAGAGUAAUACUGCUACAUAAUGAACAAGUGGUCAUUGAUGUGUUCAAGGAAAAUCUGAUUAAUUACUACAAUGGGCAGGAGUUGGCCCUUCCCAAAAGAAUGUGUUCCCAACCAGAACAGCAAACUCCGAAAAGACAUAGAAUUGAAUUCAGGACCCACGUUGCUAAUGAUGAAAACAUGACGCACAAAACCAUUAAUCACAGCUAUGGUGAUACUGGAAACAAAUAUAGUGAGUCCACUCUUACAUGCCGCGAUAAUGCACUUGAAGAUGCUGAUCCCUUCACAAAUACUGCUGAUAAAAGCAAAGAUACGCAACUAACCUCUAUAAUGGACUACAAGCAUGAAAUUCUGAACGGUGACCCCGGUUCAGAGUGUGACGCUUCUGUUGAAUCACCGCUUGCCUUGAAUGAGGACAACUCAAGUACACCGGCUAAGAAAUCAUCAAGCGCCAGUGCGAAAUUUGACGAUGUUAGUAGUAUAAACCUAGGGGAAUUUUCCAAUCCCGAGCUUCAACAUUUGGUUAACACAACUAAAACAUCUAACUCUGAAAACGUUAUUGAAGAGCCUGUUUACUUCGAAAUUGAUGGUGAAAAGUUUCAAGAAAAAGCAACGCUGUCACAAGAUAAUGGAUUGGUUUUCGUGGAUGAUGGAGCUCACCGACAGCCAGAUAAAUGCUGCCAUCAUGAAAGACAGGGUAGUGCUGACUCGGAACAAGAUGACGAGAACGAUUCAGUAUAUGCACAGAUUGAACCUGUCGAAAUCAAUGUUAGAACGCAAUUGAGAAGCUCAAGAUCGCUCAAUUCAAAAUCUAAUCGCUCAAUAUCCAAAGAUAACUACCGGUCAUUAAGUGAUGGACUAUCACACAGAAGGCUCCAAGACGAAAUAAUAGAGUUUAAUUCAAGCACAAAAGGACUUAGGGAAAUGAUAAAAAACGGGAGAAUGAUGAGUAGCAUUAUAAAUAAAAGAAGAUCACAAUCACACAAAAACUUGAUUAAAAAGGAAAGAGAACUGGAGAACUUUGAAGAAGGGGAGAAGUACUUGACACUAACUGUUUCCAAAGAAGACUUCAAGAAGAUGGAGAUAGUCGGACAGUUUAAUUUGGGAUUCAUUAUAGUAACCAGAAAAAUAGGAGAUAAGUAUGACCUGUUUAUUGUUGACCAGCAUGCAAGUGAUGAAAAGUAUAAUUUUGAAACACUACAAACUGUAACAGUUUUCAGGUCACAAAAACUUAUUAUACCACAGCCAGUAGAUUUAAGUGUUAUUGAUGAACUUACAGUUCUAGACAAUCUUCCUGUUUUUGAGAAGAAUGGGUUUAAACUGAAAAUUGAUGAAGAGGAAGAGUUUGGCUCGAGGAUAAAACUAUUAAGUUUACCUACGUCCAAACAAACACUUUUUGAUUUGGAUGACUUCAAUGAACUAAUACAUUUGGUCAAGGAAGACGGUGGUCUGAGAAGAGACAGCAUCAGGUGCUCCAAGAUUCGAUCGAUGUUUGCUAUGCGGGCAUGUAGAAGUAGCAUAAUGAUAGGUAAGCCACUGAACAGGAAGACAAUGUCUAAAGUUGUCCAUAAUCUCAGUGGGUUAGACAAGCCGUGGAAUUGUCCCCACGGGCGCCCUACAAUGAGACAUUUGAUGGAGUUGCGUGAUUGGAACUCAUUCUCGAAAGACUAUAAAAUAUGA